GUGGCCGGGACGCCAUUAGUUUGAGUUAACCACGAUGCCACUGGUCAAAUCAGGAGUACAUCGGCGCCGACCCAAACAAGGAGCAACAUGUCAACGAAACUCUCCUUCGCCCUUGGCAAGCCAAAACCAAAGGGAGGAGCCGCUCCUGCACCCCUUACGCGGAAGGCACCUGUCUUCGGCUCUUUUGAGGAUGACGACGUCACUGAUGCUGCUCCAACCGCUCUGGACUCUCGGCCCGCAAUGCUAGAUGUGAAUCGACACCUCGCGGCUCGCAGCGUCUCAGCAUCUGCUACAAAUGGCAGCCCUAACCGGGCUGUUAAGAAGAAGAUGGAGAAAGAGAUUUCUAUCGACCCGACUGUAUACGAAUAUGACGAGGUGUACGAUCAAAUGAAGGAGGCUCAAGCCAAAUCAAAGGCAGCGAAGGUAUCAGAGGAUUCUGAGCGUAAACCCAAAUAUAUUGGCUCUUUACUGGCAUCUGCAGAAACUCGAAGACUCGAUCGUAUACGUGCAGAAGAAGUUAUGAUUCAGCGAGAACGUGAGCAAGAAGGCGACAUGUACGCCGACAAAGAAAGAUAUGUAACUCAGGCAUACAAGGAGCAAAUGGAAAUGGUAAGGCAGGCAGAGAAGGAGGAAAAGGAGCGAGAAGAACAAGAGCGUACCAAGCGAGGCGCGGGGGGCAUGACACAUUUCUACGCUCAGCUUCUGCAACAGUCUGAAGAGGAGCACGCAGCCUCAGUGGCAGCAACCACAGUCAAAGGACCCACAUUUCCUGAUGUACCUGCCAACCUCACCAUCACAAAACCUCUCAAACCGGCUGCUAAGUCAGAUGCCCUUCUUGCUCAGCUCGCGCGCGACGAAGGGAAAGAGGUUGAGCUCAACGAUGAUAGCCAGAUUGUCGAUAGGCGAGAGCUUCUAUCUGCUGGUUUAAACUUGAGUGGCGUUAAUACUCGACGGCUCGGGGGGCUGCUUUCUUCACGCACCAAGAAGGCCACUGACGAGCCCAUAAACACGCAUACAGCAGUUGGAUCAGCCGCUACUAAACGGGAGAUUCGGGAGCGGCAGCAACGCCUCAUCGAAUCUCAGCUUGAGGAGGAGAAAGAGAGGGUCGCGCAAGCGAAGAAAGAACGGGAGCAAGAAGCGAGAGAGCGUGUGGUGAAAAGAAAAAAUGAUGAUGAGGCGGUUAUCAGCGCUAGAGAGCGCUAUCUUGAACGGAAGCGACGGAAACUCGAAGAAUUGCAAGCUAGCGGGGAAGCAGCAUCGGACUCUCAGGAAACAGGUUUAGGAUGACUUAUUCCAAGGUUGUAUUAUUAUGCAUUUCACACGAUAUCUUCCGUUCAUCGACACACCUCUAAGAAGCACCAUACGUCGCACGCCUACCGAUGGCUUAGAUAGUGCCAACCCUUUUAGCCCAUGACACAAUUGUGUUUGUCCUUGGGGGAGCACUCAAUACAUACAUGCAGUUAUACACUGCUAUCUGCCGGGAAGAAUACAGUCAAACCGCGGGCGCGCG